AUGGGCAUGUCUAAGACCCCACUGGCCCUUGUUUGCCUCCUAAUCUUGGCCAUUGUUCAUUCCUCUCAAUCUCAAAACUCCCAACAAGACUACCUCGAAGCUCACAAAGCCGCUCGUGCCGAGGUUGGCGUCGGGGAUAUGUCAUGGGAUGAUAACUUGACAGCCUAUGCACAAAACUAUGCCAAUCAGAGGAUGGGAGACUGUAACCUCACACACUCACAGAACGUUCCGUAUGGGGAGAACAUCGCCAUUGGCAACGGUGGCUUCACCGGAAAGGCGGCCGUGGACCUUUGGGUGCAAGAGAAGGCAGAUUAUGACUAUAAUUCCAACAAUUGCACUGAAGGGAAGAUGUGUGGACACUAUACUCAGGUGGUUUGGCGUGACUCGGUUCGCCUCGGGUGUGCUAGGGUUCAAUGCAACAAUAGCUGGUGGUUUGUGACUUGCAACUAUGAUCCCCCGGGUAAUUACAUUGGGCGGCGUCCAUAUUAA